AUGUCCGCCCCCACUGGAUCAGAUUCGUCCACCAACUUGGGAUACCUUGGCGCCGGGGACCUUGAGAAGGGUCGUGGGGCUCACAUCGAGCGCAUGAUCACUCCCGGCGGCCACCCCAUCGACUACUCGCAGCCCGCCAUCCCAGUCCAGCACCGCAAGUUCGGCAACCCGAUCCCAGUUGGCCUGAUCUCCUUCUCCAUGGCCUUCAUGAUGGUUGGCCUGAUCAGCGUCGGUGUCCGUGGCAUUAAGGCGCCCAACGGUGUCCUCUCCUCUCUCAUGUUCUUCGUCGGCAUCACUCAAACCCUCGUCGGUUGGUUCGAAAUGUUCAUCGGUAACACCUUCUCUGCCACCAUCUUCUGCGCCUUCGGCGGCUUCUGCUUCUCGUACGUUGGCUUUUUCCUCCCGGCCAUGGGCAUCGUCGAUGCCUUCACGGACAAGGCCACCGGUGAGAUCUCGCCCGACCUUGCCAACUCGCUCGGUCUCUUCCUCGCCAUCUGGUCUGGUAUCUGCCUCCUCUUCCUGCUCGCCGCGCUCCGCUCUUCCGUCGCCAUCAUUGCCGUCCUCUUCUUCACUAUGCUGGCAUUUGCCAUGCUCGCCGCCUCUCAGUUCACUGGCUCCGUCGGCGUCACCAAGGCAGCCGGCGCGAUCUGCAUCAUGGACGCGUGCUGCGGCUUCUGGGCUGCCAUGGCCGGAUACUGGACCCCAGACACUACCUACGCCUUCAUUCGUGUCGACCCCAUCGACCUCUCGCCGAGGGACUGA